AUUAUCUCCCUAGUUCCAUAUUCUAUUCGACGCUAUGGUUGAUCAAACUGAGCGGAUUGAGCUUUAUGAUCGAAUAUAUCAAGAUCAAGAUCAAGAAGAUGUAAACGAAUCUGAUGGAGACUGUGACACUGAAGUAGAUGGUAGCUGCACUAGAUAUGAUGUAGUCCACACCGAUGUGUUGAUUGUCGGAUCUGGACCUGUGGGGGCCACAUUUGCUCGACAGCUAGUGGACGGAGGCCGAGAAGUGUUAAUGGUGGAUGCUGGUAGUCAGCUGUCACGCCUACCAGGCGAACAUCUAAAGAAUUCCUAUGUCUGUCAACAAGAUCUAAACUCAUUCACAGGGUUAAUCAGCUCACAGCUUCAUGACCUGUCUGUCCCGACCAAUAUUCCAAGUGUAUGGACUUUAGACCCAGCAGCAUUUCAAGUCACUCGAUCUGAGAGCAACAAAGAAGGAUUUGUUCGCAACAACCAAAACCCAAGACAAGAUCCAGAAAACAACUUGCCAGGAGCAGCAGCAGUGUUCUGCAUUGGUGGAAUGGCUGUUCACUGGACAUGCUGCAUUCCAAGGCAAAAUCCAGUGCUAGAGAGAUCGAGCCUCUUAGCAACAGAUGACUGGGACAAGCUGUACGAAAGGGGAGAGAAACUUCUGUCAAUGAAUACAACAAUUUUUGAUGAUUCCAUACGACACUUUAUCACAAAGUCAACACUACAGCAUAUGUUUCCUGAUCGUGAUGUGAACAACAUGCCACUUGCUGUUCAAUCAAAUCCCUGCAACCCUAACUUAGUAAAAUGGACCGGAACAGACGUGAUCCUAGGAGAAGACCUCACAAAGAUGGCAAACGACAGAAAUAAUACAAAGUUUGCUAUACUGGAGCAACAUCUCUGCAGCAAUCUGCACAAAUCAGAAAUAGGUGGUGAAAUUGAGUAUGCCGUGGUGUGGGACCUAAUGAACCGAACUAAGAAAAUAAUCCACGCAAAGCAGUUUAUCGUCUGUGCUGGUGCUGUGCUCACACCUCAGUUGUUGUGGAAGUCGCAAAUCCGUCCACCCGCUUUGGGUCGUUACAUAUGCGACCAGCCUAGUGCAUUCUGUCAAGUCAUGCUGAGGUCAAAUAUUGUCGAGAACGUCAAGAACCAUACGUACCCCGGACUGACUAAAAGAAUGAAGAUCCGUUUGAGGCAUCAAAAGGACAGGUUUCCACGCGACCUCAUCCCAAUUCCAACUGACGACAAGCCACCUCAGGUAUAUAUUCCAGUUUCACCUGACCACCCAUGGCACGGCCAAAUUCAGCGUGAUGCAUUCAGGUAUGGCAAAGUGUCCAAGAAUAUUGAUGACCGUUUGGUAGUCGACUUUCGAUGGUUCACAUACGUUGAGCCUAACGAGAAGAACAGGAUCCUUUUCGAAGAAGACAUCGAAGACCGCUUUGGAAUGCCACAGCCAACAUUUCACUUCAAACUGAGCAAGCAAGACGCAGAACGAGCACACAACAUGUUUGACGACAUGACAAAAGCUGCAAUGACAGUCGGAGGCUUUCUACCCGGUUCAGAGCCAAAAUUUCUUCCACCAGGAAGCAGCCUUCACUUAACAGGUUCGGUACGUAUGGGAGCUACGGAUGAUGGUACAUCAGUUGUGGACACUUACUCGAGAGUUUGGGGGUACAGCAACCUCGUGCUUGGAUCAAACGGCGUGAUCCCAACAGGCACAGCAUGCAACCCUACUCUGACAUCCAUUGCAUUGGCGAUUCGAAGUGCUGACUACAUACUGAAAAACUCACCUCAUGUGUAACAGUCUAAACGUACACUGUUGAUUGUUAACUUAACUGACUCUUUCAAAGAUUAUAGUAACUUUUUUUUAUAAAAAUUUAGCAAUAGCAUUAGAUUUUAAGCAACAGAUAAGGUAUAACUGCAUAUAUUUACCCUCAAUUUUUGUUUGCUAAAUUAGUGAUUCUAAACUGUUGUGUAUGCAAACAUGGAUAUAACAUUUCAAUUGUAAAUGUCUAGUGAUCACUCAGGCUGUCUCUAUUGUCAGGUAUCUACGUUCCUGAUUUGCAGUCUUGGA